AUGUCUGACGCUGCUCGACAUGGCAGACCUAAUAACCCAUCACCUCAAACCCGAAAACCUGAAAACUCAACAACCCAUCAACUCAAGCCAACAACCCGAAAAUUCAACAACCCGACAACCCAAACAACCCGAAAACUCAACAACCCGAAAGCUCAACAACCCAUCAACUCAACCCAACAGCCUAACAACCCAAAACAACCCAACAGCCAACCACAACCCACCAAACAACCCAAAACAACCGAAUGCUCAACAACCCAACCACCUAACAACCCAUCACCUCAAACGCAACAACCUAACAACACCACCAACACAAACCCAACACCCAAAACAACCCAACAGCCUAACAACCCACCAACACAAACCCCAAACAACCCCAAACAACCCAACAAAACAACCACGAACCCCAAACAACCCGAACUCCCCCAUCAUUCAACCAGCCAAUUGACCGAGGGACCGAGGACUCGCAAAGCCCUUUAUGUAUCAUCUAAAUACAAGUGCAAACAAGGCCGUUCAUCAAGCCAUUAA